CGCGUUUAGCAUCUGAUCACGUGGAGCAUUUGGGCAGUCAUUAAUCGAAUGUGGCAUUCAAAACAUCACAUUGGCCUUGAAUAUGGCCCGAGUAACUGGCGGUACCGUUCAACAGCAAGCAUGUCUGAAAGAACAAAUCGAGAGGGAGGAGGGAGCUGCUUUGAGAUUUUUUGUUCAGAAUAUGGACAAACUGUCACUCCCUUCCGGUGCUUCUGCCGUACUCAGAAAGAAGUUGGAACAAACGAAGAUCGAUGCGGCACGGUGUGAUCGAAUGGUGGAGGAGGCAGCUAAAAGAAUGGAGGAGCGGAAAAAGCUUGCUAUGGAAAAAGAAAAGGAACGUAUAAUGAGGCCAGUAACUUCUGAGUAUCUGUCCAGCAAACUGGAUAUGCGACCAGCAUCUCCACCAACAAAAGCUCUACUCUAUGAGGGGAUUUCUCAUGACCGCCAAGGAAGGUAUCAGUAUCUGAAGAAGCGCUAUCGAAAGGAUCCUGAAGAAAAAUUUCCUUUUCCCAUGCCCAUGUCCUGGGAUUACGGAUGGCGUCUGUCGGAUGUUAUCAAAAGCGACGAAGUCAAAAAGUCUCCCUACGGUCGAAUUGCAAUCGUUAAGAACACCUUUUUCAACCGUACUGGAGUUUCUUUCGGUGAACCAGCAGAACCAAAGCCCUGGUACAGUUGUUAAGAGUGAACAACACGUCAGCUUGCAGUGUACAGUCGUCCAACUUGAUCACGCACAAACUUUGGUGCGUCUCCUCAAUUGGAAGUCGUUUCCAAAUCAGCUUCAAUUCCAACCAACCCAGGAUUAGGUUUGCUAAAGACACUUCGAAUCUACGAGAACCUGAUCUAACCCUGAUGAUCUCUCGAUCAAGUUAGAAAAAGCUUAUUAUUUUUACGCUUGUAUUUUUGUCUUAGGGCUGUCAGACCCACCAACCGUGUCGAGUUACCACUAGAUAAUGAGGCAUCAUGCAACCUAUGAGCAUCUGUGUGUCAUCCGUG